UGCAUUGUUUAAAAUGUCGCGCAUGGUUUUGAGAAAAGACAACUUUUUUUCUUGCCUAUUAAAAUAGUAAUAUUUUGUUAACAGAAAGUGCUAUUGUGCUUAAACUGCAAUCAACCGUGCCGGUUAUGGUUUUAUAUUUUUGCGCUUGACCAAAAAAUCUGAAUUUACAAUUUUUAUAUGUUUACAAUUUGCAUUCAGACUUGCUUAAUCGCAAAAUGACUAGUAGGUUUGCCGUAGAAAUUUGCAUGGGAAUUCAUAUAUUUUUAUGCUGUAUAUUGCAGUUAUGUGAUCGUGACUAACGCCUUUUCUUGCGGCUUAUACAAAAUUGUUAAAUUCGUCGACAAAUAUAUGGGGCCUGCAUUGCGACUCAAAUGGGAUUUCUACAACUUGAACUGACUUUAGGGAUGAAGUGGAGAUUGUUACUAUCGCUUGUGCUAAUAGCAAUAACAGUUUUAGGCUUAUUGCUUUUUGUCCACAUUAUUAAUUACAACUUCCGAACGACAGCUCCGCUGCCAGAUUACAUGGACGAUUUCAUCACCGCUGACAACGGAGAUAUUCCGUCGGCGUUACAUCUCACUCGAUUUUACAACAAAGCACCGGUUAAACCGACGGGCAACCUUUGUUGGUUGGAAUGCGUCAGCUUAUUGUCCAUGCUUUUAUAUAUAAAGCCAAACCAUGUUUAUGUCCAUACAAAUUAUCCGGAUUUUUGGCCGUUUGAUUCGUGUUAUUCGUUAAUUGCUACCAACUGGACAAAUUUUAAAAUGAUUCAUCGACGAAGACGAUUUGUUAUUGGUGGUAAUGCCAUCAAUCCCAACAACGAUGAGUUUAUUGCGCACGAAGCGGAUAUAACCAAACUAACGGUUCUGCAUGAAUGUGGUGGAAUUGUUUCCGAUUUGGAUGUUUUUUACUUGCCGAAUAUUCAAAAGCUUCUUUCACGUUUCCGGGAUGGAUUCGACUGCAUUGCCAGCCGAGAAUUAAUCCGCGAUGUAUAUAAAAUGAACCUUGGUUUCCUGGCUUGCCACAAAAAUUCGCCGUAUGUUCGGGCUGUUUUACAAAACUAUAAGGAGGACUACAAGACGAACGAUUGGGUGUACAAUUCUGGAGAGCAUCCGUGGAAUCUCUACAGCGCAAAUCCUUUGUUCAGGAAAACUGUUUAUGUGGACGACCAAAUUUCCAACCAUCCAUCGUGGACGAACGUGAAAACAUUCCUUAAUAAAAAAAGCGGAAUGCCCUGGAAACAUAAGCCGGCAUUUCAUUCGUUCUUCCAUGAUUGCACUUAUAACCUGGCAAAUGUGCACAAGCAGGACACUAGCUUUGCUUUGAUGAUAAGCUUUAUUCUCACUGACGCAAUCAAAAUCCAUUAUGACUUAACCAGAGGCAAGCCUGAAUUAAAUUUAGCAGUUGGGUAAUAUUUUAUAAAACGUGCGCAAUACCAUUUAGAAACGUAUAAUAAUUUUUAUGUGUUAG